AAUAUUUAUAUUAUAUACAUAAUAUGUAUAAGUAGUUACCAAUCAUUUUCUUCAUAUUGUUACCUUUCGUUACAACUUGCUUUAAAAAAAAACCUAUAUAAUAAUGGAUGUUACAACAAUUUGCAACGAAUCUCUCAAAGAAGGACGUAUAUAUAAAGAAAUAUUGCCAAUAUCCUAUAAGACCUCUAUUCCCAAUAUUGCUUUAGUUCGAGAGAAAUCUAACCUUCAUUCCGAUGUUUUAUUGGCUGUUAAAUUGGAUCCUGCAAUAUUAGAAGCUCAAGUGACUAUUGAUAACGGUGAAAAUGUUGGUUAUGAACGAAAUUAUACUGACAAGAUGCAGAAUAUGAAUAAGAAAGACGAGUCCAAGCAUCAAUCGGAAUUUGAAAAGGCCAUGUGCUUGCAACGAGCUGCUCUAUUCUCCUUGUCGUCAAACCAAUUCAAUCUUUUAAUGAAAUACGCCGACACACUCCGCCAGCAACGGGUUUCAUUACAAAAAUAUUUGGAGUGUGGGUUCUGCAAGAAUAAUGGACAACCAGAAGUCUGGUAUACAACCCACGCCUUAAAAGACGGAAAAGGUCGGGUGCGAUGUCCCAUUUUGCGGGCCUUCUCCUGUCGCCGUUGUGGCGCCACAGGUGACAACGCUCAUACUAUCAAAUAUUGUCCACAACGAAUAAGAUAAAGUAUUUCAGGUCAUACAAACCGAAGCAGGCUGUGCUACGCUUUACAUUAUGAUAUUGUGUUACAAAUAUUUUAAAUAAAAAUAUUUUAAUAGCCUAAUUUUUACUCUGUAAUUCGUUUACCUAAUCCUGUUGUAUAAAAC